UACCAGUCGGCUAACAUCAACUUAAUCAGGUACCAGUCAGCUGACGUGACCUUACUCAGGUACCAGUCAGCUAACAUCACCCCAUUAAGGUACCAAUCAGCUAACAUCACCUCACUGAGGCACUAGUCAGCUAACAUCACCUCACUGAGGUACCAGUCAGCUAACAUCCUCUCAUUAAGGCACUAGUCAGCUAACAUCACCUCACUGAGGCACUAGUCAGCUAACAUCACCUCACUGAGGUACCAGUCAGCUAACAUCACCUAACUCAGGUACCAGUCAGCUAACAUCACCUUAAUCAGGUACCAGUCAGCUAACAUGACCUCACUGAGGUACCAGUCAGAUAACUUCACCUCACUGAGGUACCAGUCAGCAAACAUCACCCCAUUAAGGUACCAGUCCGCUAACAUCACCUCACUAAGGUACCAGUCAGCUAACAUCCUCUCACUGAGGUACCAGUCAGCUAACAUCACCUCACUGAGGUACUAGUCAGCUAACAUCACCUCACUGAGGUACCAGUCAGCUAACAUCAACUUAAUCAGGUACCAGUCAGCUGACGUGACCUUACUCAGGUACCAGUCAGCUAACAUCACCCCAUUAAGGUACCAAUCUGCUAACAUCACCUCACUGAGGCACUAGUCAGCUAACAUCACCUCACUGAGGUACCAGUCAGCGAACAUGACCUUACUCAGGUACCAAUCAGCUAACAUCACCUCACUGAGGCACUAGUCAGCUAACAUGACCUCACUGAGGUACCAGUCAGCUAACAUCCUCUCACUGAGGCACUAGUCAGCUAACAUCACCUCACUGAGGCACUAGUCAGCUAACAUCACCUCACUGAGGUACCAGUCAGCUAACAUCACCUUACUCAGGUACCAGUCAGCUAACAUCACCUUAAUAAGGUACCAGUCAGCUAACAUGACCUCACUGAGGUACCAGUCAGAUAACAUGACCUCACUGAGGUACCAGUCAGCAAACAUCACCCCAUUAAGGUACCAGUCCGCUAACAUCACCUCACUAAGGUACCAGUCAGCUAACAUCACCUCACUGAGGUACCAGUCAUCUAACAUCGCCUCACUGAGGUACCAGUCAGCUAACAUCACCUCACUGAGGUACCAGUCAGCUAACAUCACCUCACUGAGGCACUAGUCAGCUAACAUCACCUCACUGAGGUACCAGUCAGCUAACAUCCUCUCACUGAGGCACUUGUCAGCUAACAUCACCUCACUGAGGCACUAGUCAGCUAACAUCACCUCACUGAGGCACUAGUCAGCUAACAUCACCUCACUGAGGUACCAGUCAGCUAACAUCACCUUACUCAGGUACCAGUCAGCUAACAUCACCUUAAUCAGGUACCAGUCAGCUAACAUGACCUCACUGAGGUACCAGUCAGCUAACAUCACCUCAAUGAGGUACCAGUCAGCUAACAUCAACUUAAUCAGGUACCAGUCAGCUGACGUGACCUUACUCAGGUACCAGUCAGCUAACAUCACCCAAUUAAGGUACUAGUCAGCUAACAUCACCUCACUGAGGCACCAGUCAGCUAACAUAACCUUACUCCGGUACCAGUCAGCAAACAUAACCUUACUCAGGUACCAGUCAGCAAACAUCACCUCACUGAGGUACCAGUCAGCUAACAUAACCUUACUCCGGUACCAGUCAGCAAACACCACCUUACUCAGGUACCAGUCAGCAAACAUCACACCACUGAGGUACCAGUCAGAUAACUUCACCUCACUGAGGUACCAGUCAGCAAACAUCACCCCAUUAAUGUACCAGUCCGCUAACAUCACCUCACUAAGGUACCAGUCAGCUAACAUCACCUCACCGAGGUACCAGUCAGCUAACAUCACGUCACUGAGGUACCAGUCAGCUAACAUCACCUCACUGAGGUACCAGUCAGCUAACAUCACCUCACUGUGGCACUAGUCAGCUAACAUCACCUCACUGAGGUACCAGUCAGCUAACAUCCUCUCACUGAGGCACUAGUCAGCUAACAUCACCUCACUGAGGCACUAGUCAGCUAACAUCACCUCACUGAGGUACCAGUCAGCUAACAUCACCUUACUCAGGUACCAGUCAGCUAACAUCACCUUAAUCAGUGUCUUCUCAAACGUGUUGUGGGAGAAAGUUCCACCCAGCAAAACAUGCACAUCAUUUCACUCAGAUGGAAGGAAGUGAAGGUCAUUGGCCUUUUUGUUAUUGUGUACACAUUUAUUAUAUCAUUUCAUUUACUUCGCCUCAUUGACGACACAGGCACACGGGAACUCGAACUUUUAAGAAUGAAAUCAGUAGAAUUGAAUAAUAAAGGUCAGACGGUGUUGGCUGUUAGAACGGAAAAUGCAGAGCAUGCUGAGGAGAAACCAAUGAGAAAUGACAUUCUUGCAAAGGUAUUACUCAAUCAAGUACCGGACUUGAGUUUACAAAAGAAAAAGCAAAAGCCAAUCCGAGCCGGGGUGAGACAGUUGGAGGCGAAGAAUCUGAAAUCCAUCGUACAUGGAGAUGCCGCUUACGACAACACCUACAACGAUGACAGUGCUCAAGUGACACCACCAGGGUUCAUGGGAGCGCCAGUGAUCAUAGACCCUGAAAAACUGUCUCCCGAGGAGAAGGAGCUGUACGAUAAGGGGUGGUCAGACAACACCUUCAACCAGUUUGUCAGUGAUAGAAUACCACUAAGCAGGGACCUGCCCGACCUCAGGCACCCACUGUGCAGAAGUCAGACUUAUUCAUGGUCACUUCCAAGAAUGAGCGUAAUAAUCUGUUUUCACAACGAGGCUUGGUCGACGCUUUUGCGGACCGUUCACAGCGUAUUGAAGACGACACAUCCGCGCUUACUGGAAGAAAUAAUCCUUGUUGAUGACGCCUCUACCAUGGUUCAUCUGAAAAAGGAUUUGGACACACAUGUCGCCAAGUUGCCAAAGGUCAAGGUCAUUCGCUCACCCAAGAGGGAGGGGCUAGUGAGAGCGAGGCUGAUGGGGACGGAAGUCGCCAAGGCGGAAGUUCUAACUUUCCUUGACUCGCAUUGCGAAUGUGUGAUGGGAUGGGCGGAGCCACAACUUGCACGAGUCCACCACGACCCGACAGUUGUGGUGUGGCCAGUAAUCCCUAGCAUAGACCAUAGCACAUUCGAGUUCAAGCAUAAACCGGAGGAUCUAGUGUCUGCAAAGGGGGGCUUCUACUGGGACAUGAACUUCAGAUGGGAGCCUAUCACUGAACAUGACAAUGUGGACAGACAAGACAUUACUAGCCCAGUCAGAUCUCCGACCAUGGCCGGAGGACUGUUCAUGAUCAACAAACAAUUCUUUGAGCACCUUGGAACCUACGACCCACAGUUUGAACUCUGGGGUGGAGAAAAUAUGGAACUAUCAUUCAAGAUCUGGAUGUGUGGUGGGUCCAUGGAGAUCAUUCCGUGUUCUCUGGUCGGCCACAUCUUCCGACGGACGUCGCCAAUGCACUUCGCGGCCAACACCAUACAACGUAACUCGCAGAGAGUAGCAGAGAUCUGGCUGGACGAGUAUAAAGACAUCUAUUACGAACAUAUCGGGACUAAGCUAGCGGACGUAGGCGAUAUUUCACAACGUCAGGACUUGAGGCGAGACCUAAAAUGUCAGAGCUUUGAUUGGUACAUUAAAAACAUAUACCCCGAAGUGUUUCUUCCUUCUGAGGCGUUACAGAGAGGAACUAUCCAAUCUGCUGGCGUGGAGGCAUUUUGUUUAGAUGCAAUGGAAAAGAGGGCCCACAAGAAAGCAGUUCAACUAACACAGUGUCGUAAAAAAGGCAUGUGUCAGGCGUGGUAUCUAACUAAACUUGGCGAGUUACGGUCUGGCUACAACUGUCUAGAUGUUGGGCUGGACCCGACCUACGCCACAAUCAAGAUGACUGGAUGUCACGGACAACGGGGCAACCAGUACUGGCAGUAUAGGAUGGAUAGAACAUUAUACCACAAAGGAGUAGAUGGAUGCAUAGCUGUAGAUCCCCAAACUAAACAGGUAUCACUACUAGUUUGCAACAACAGUCGGGCACAACAGUGGCUGUGGGUAUCAUUUAACAGCUGACAUUGAAUAAAACUAUAUGAAAAC